ACUACAAUAUGAUGUAUGUUUACGCGCAGUGUAACAGUAACGCGAACGCUGCCGUGCGUAAAUAUCGCGAAAUCCAUGGAGAAACAAACGUGCCAAGUGCACAUAGUUUUCGCCAAAUGGCAUCGCGAUUGUACAGUACUGGCUCAACAAUGCCACAGAGGCGUGAAGUGGUUCGCGACACUACAUCACGAGACCGCAACACAGAUGCUGUUUUAAGCGCAUUUGAACGUGAUCCAACGAUGAGCAUUCGAGAAGCCAGUCAGCGUUUAGAUAUCAAGCCUACUACGGUCCACAAGAUGUUGAAGGACAGCAAAAUGCACCCGUACAAGUAUGUGCGAGUGCACCAAAUGAAUCCGCAAGAUUAUAUCCAGCGGAUUCAGUAUUCCAGGUGGUUGUUGGGCGAAAUCGCCCGGAAUCCAUCGUUCUCCAAGUGCGUCUUGUGGACUGAUGAAGCCCUCUUCACCAGGGAUGGGUGUUUCAAUGCCCACAAUUCGCACGUGUGGAGCGAUGCGAAUCCGUUGGCGAUUCGAACACGAGCAGGACAAGUGCGCUGGUCAUUCAAUGUAUGGGCCGGAAUUUGCGGCGAUUUUAUCGUUGGGCCGUACCUUCUACCUGAUAGAUUGGACGGCCCAUCAUACAGAGUGUUCUUAGAACAUAUCCUUCCGGAUCUCGCGGAGGUAAUUCCUCCCGAAAUUCGGAGGGGUAUGUUCUACCAACACGAUGGUGCACCUGCACAUUACGCCACAAAUGUCCGCGCCUAUUUAGAUGAAGCCUUUCAGGACAGGUGGAUUGGCCGCGGCGGUCCUGUUGCGUGGCCCCCACGAUCGCCGGAUAUGAAUCCGCUGGAUUUUUUUUUCUGGGGAUUUUUAAAAAGCCACGUGUACAAAGUUGCUAUUUCCACGCCGGACGAACUACUGGCCAGAAUACAUGGCGCGGUGGCAUUAAUCACGCCAGAAAUGUUACAAGGCGUGCAACGGAACAUAAAGAAACGAGUGACUGCAUGUGUGACGGCAGAAGGGGGGUAUAUCGAACCCUUUUUAUAA